UAUUAAGCAAAAUCGAGUAAUGUUUGGCAAAUUCUUGUUGUGCGUCUUUGUAAAUUAUUGUUUCAAUUCAGUUGCGUGCAAAAGUAUGAGUGAAAAUCAUCUUCCGUAUCAAGCUUGGACACAUGAAGAACCACAAAGUACGUGUCAAACCCCAAGUAAUCAACCCGGUCGUUGCAUCAAUAUCAAACAAUGUCCGCAAUUAUUACAAGUAUUACGAAAGCCAAAACCAUUACCCCAGAGUGAUAUAGAUUUAUUACGUGAAUCACAAUGUGGAUUCGAUGAGCAAAAUCCCAGAGUUCCUAAAGUCUGUUGUCCCACAGACACAAAUGACGGCAAUGAUGAAAACUCACCGCCAGAUGUUACACAACAUCGAAAUGUUGGACGAAUAAACGGUAGAAACUGUGGUACAAUUAAUAAUGAUAGAAUUUUUGGUGGUAAUAAAACAAAUUUAUUUGAAUUUCCGUGGAUGGCUUUAAUUGCAUAUCAAACAAAUGGAAGAUUAUCAUUUCGAUGUGGAGGGACCUUAAUUAAUGACCGAUAUGUAUUAACAGCAGCUCAUUGUAUUACUAAUUUACCAACGGGACGAGUAUUAGCUGGCGUUCGAUUAGGUGAACAUAAUAUUGAAACUGACAUAGAUUGCCAAAAAAUUGAUAGAAAUAAAGAAGAAUGUGCGCCUCCUGUCCAAGAUUUUACAAUUGAAGAAGUCAUUCCACAUCCACAAUAUUCUCCUACCAAAUUUACAAAUGAUGUCGGAUUAUUGAAGUUAGGAGCAACACCUAAUUUUACAAAAAAAAAUAUAGGAACUAUAUGUUUACCGGUGGGUUCUUUAGCUGAUUUUGUGGAUGAUGCGGGAAUUGUAGCAGGCUGGGGUGCAACAGAAACUGGACAAAGUAGUUUGGAUUUAUUAAAAGUACAAUUACCCAUUGUACCAAAUUCAGAUUGUGAAAGUAUUUAUAGCCGUCAAACAACGAUUACCCAUCGACAAAUGUGUGCGGGAGGUGUAAAUGGACGUGAUUCUUGUGGGGGUGAUAGUGGUGGCCCGUUUAUGUUUGCAGGUUUUGUUCAUAAUACUCCCGCAUACGUUCAACAUGGUAUUGUCUCAUUUGGACCACGAUUUUGUGCUACGGAAGGUCGACCAGGAGUGUAUACUCGUGUGGUGCAUUACUUGGAUUGGAUAAGCGUUGUAUCCAAACGAAUUCAUAUUUGGUAUGAAGAACUGUUUUUUACAGUGUAUACACGCCAACUUUAUCUGUCUCUGUCUGCUUCUCAAGAGCUGCUAUACGCGCCUACUUUAUCUGUUCUUUGCUCUAAUGCGACCAGGCGUUUGGCCGCGACUUUACAGCUCUAUGGCAUAUUAGCUGCACCACAAUCACCCAUAGCCACAUGCCCAGAACCAACAAGAUGUAUGAAAAUUACCGAAUGUGAAAGCGAACAAUUAAACACGAAUUUUAUGUUUCCAUGUGAAAUUUCAACAAAAAAUGGAAAAAAAUCUGAUGCAUUAACUGUAUGCUGUAAUAAAAAAAUUGAGUUACAUGUCGUUCAGUUAGAAAAUACUACUUCUCCAACAAUUAUUCCACCGCCCAUAAUUACGCGAUCAAAUGAAAGCAAUAUAUCCAUAAAGGAUGGCGAGUUAAAACCUUCUAUACCAACAACAACAAACUCCAGUAAUUCAUCGAAAAUAAAUCAAACAUUAGAUUUCAGUGAGGAUGAUAGUUUAUUUCCAAUUGAUUGUGGAUUAGGUUUGGGAAAUCGUAUAUCCAAUGGUGUGAAUGCAACGAUUGGGGAACAUCCUUGGAUGGCUUUACUUGGAUAUACAAUGCCUUCAUUGAAUAUCUUGCAAUUUUUCUGUGGCGGCUCAUUAAUAAAUAAUCGUUAUGUGUUAACAGCUGCACAUUGUAUUCAUUUACAAGGAGUUACAUUAACAACAGUUCGUUUUGGUGAAAAUAAUCUUGAAACAAGUGUAGAUUGUUUGUCAGAUCAAGAAGACAGUAUAUGUGCUGAUCCAGUUGUGGAUAUACCAAUUGAAAAAAUUAUAAUACAUCCAAAAUAUGGAAAAUCAACAAAAAAUGAUAUUGCCUUGUUAAGAUUAUCUCAAAAAGUCAAAUUCACAGAUUAUAUUCGGCCGGUAUGUUUGCCAUUUAAUACCACUUUGAAGGAAACAGAUUAUAUUGAUAAAUACUUUACUAUUGCUGGUUGGGGUAAAUUAACUGGAGAUGCUUUUAUGGGAAGUUCAGUUUUACAAACGGCUGAAGUUGAAGGAUGGAAUUCAACAAGAUGUAGUGCGGCAGUUCCACCAAAUUUACGACCUAUUGCCAAGACUCAAUUAUGUGCAGCUGGACGUCAAGGACAAGAUUCAUGUAAAGGGGAUAGUGGAGGUCCCCUAACAAAUGUUACACAUACCGAUGACAGUUCAUUAUUUAGACAUUAUCAAAUUGGAAUAGUUAGUCUUGGUUUAGGUAUUACUUGUGGAAAUGCUGAUGUACCAAGUAUUUAUACAAAAGUACCAAAAUAUUUAAAAUGGAUUGAAGAAAAUGUUACGCCAUGAAAUUAAAAUAGUGGUAAUAUAUGAGUAUCUCAUAAUGUUCCUCGCAGUUGUAUAAAGGUUGCUAUUUUGUGUUUUUAUAUGAUAAUGAAUAUUGUUAAAAUGACGUAAAUGAUCUCAUUCAUAUUCAUUACAAUAAUUUUGGAAAAUUCUGCGAGAAAAUUUGUUAA